UCCUAAUAUUAAUGAAGAACAUGAUAAUAUAAGGUAAUGAAUAUUAUUUUUUUCACAAAAAAAAACAAAAAAAAAGAAAAGAAAAGAACAUAAUAGUAUUUUUUAAAGAACAUCUAGCUUUUCAAUCUUUAAAUGAAUAAUUUGUUCCAUAAUUGAAGAGUUUUGGUAAUUAUUUCCCAAUCUCAAUUUAGAAAUUUGUAUAUUUAUUCAUAUUUAAUUUCACUAGUUUGAUUUUUUUAGAGAGAGGAAUAAAAAUUUAAGAGAGAGAAAUAGAAAAUUUAUAGAGAAAAAGAAAUUUUUCUAAUAGAAGACGAUGGCCGAGCAUUUAGAUCGAGUUUCGUGGUGCUUUUAAUCACUGUUUUGUUAAUGGAGUGAUUUUUAAUGAAUUGAAGGUGAAUAUGUGAAUUUGUUAGUCAAAGAUCGAAGUCUCUCUCUGCAUCUUCGUUUUCUACUUUCUAGUCCCUCAACAAUCACAAAGAAGUACACAUACAACCAAAGUUUUACAAAGUACAAUUCAAUUUGAGGAUUAAAUUUUUCCAGAAUUCAACAACCCAGAUUCCCUAGUUCGUUCUUUCUUUCGUACUUAGGUAAGCCAAUUUCUGGGUUUCCUCAAUUACUUUGAUUGCUUAAUUCAUUCGAAUUCAAAUUUGCUUGAAUAUGCCUCUAAUUAGAAUGCAGAAUUUGUUGUUGAAAACCCUAGUUAGAUAUUGUUUGAAUGAAAGAGUUUCAAAACAUGUUAUUGCAUUAGUACCUUUGCUUUUGCAGAAUGAUAGUUAUGUUAAGGGUUAUGAUUAUGCAAAAUUUUCGACAUCAACUGGGGAAUUUGAUAAUCUAGCUGAAGGUUUAUCUAAGCAGAUUCAAUUAGUUGUAAACAAGGUUAGUGUUGGUAGUAGUGAGGAGGAGAUUUUGAGUUCAUUGUUAAAUGAUCAAAUUUGUGAGGGAAUUAGUGUUAGCCAUGCCCUUGUUGAUAUGUUGCUUCAUCGGUUUAGAGACGAUUGGAAAUCGGCCUAUGCCGUUUUUAGGUGGGCUGAUUCGCGGUCUUGUUUUGAGCAUUUGCCUGGAGCAUAUGAUUUAAUGGUAGACAUACUAGGAAAGGCGAGGCAGUUUGAUAAGAUGAGUGAGUUGAAGGGUGAAAUGCUUGAGAGGAAAUUGGUCACUCUUAGAACUAUGUCUAAAAUAAUGAGGAGGUUUGCUGGUGCUCGUAGAUGGAACGAUGCUGUGAGAACAUUUGAUGAGUUGCCUACUUAUGGUUUGGAGAAGAAUGCCGAGUCCAUGAAUUUGUUGCUUGAUACUCUUUGCAAAGAGAGUCAAGUACAGAUGGCUCGUGGCAUCUUUUUGGACCUUAAAUCUCAUAUUCCUCCUACGGUGCACAUCUUUAAUAUAUUCAUACAUGGUUGGUGCAAAAUUAAGCGGGUUGAAGAAGCCUACUGGACGCUUCAAGAGAUGAAAGGCCAUGGUUUCACUCCUUGUGUUAUAAGCUAUACAGUUAUAAUUCAGUCAUACUGCCGACUUUCUAAUUGGAAUAAGGCGUAUGAGUUACUUGAGAUGAUGGAAUCUGAGGGCUGCCAACCUAGUGUUGUUACUUACACAACUAUGAUGUCUUUGUUGUCAAAGGCUGAUAAAGUUGAAGAUGCUCUACAAAUAGCUAACCAAGCAAAAUCAGCUGGAUGUGAAUUUGACAUUCAAUUUUAUAAUGCAUUGAUUCAUACCCUUGGGAAAGCUCAACGCAUAACGGAAGCCUUUGAUAUCUUUAAAGUAGAGAUGCCAAUGAAUGGUGUUCAUCCUAACACGUGUACCUACAAUACAUUAAUUGGCAUGUUUUGUCGGCAUGGCCAAGAAGAGAUGGCUUUCAAUGUUUUGGAAGACAUGGAAAAGGCAGCACUUUGUAAGCCGGACCUUCAGACAUUCUAUCCAUUGCUUAAAUCGUGCUUCAGAUUGAGGAUGCCAGAUAAUUGCUUGAGCAGACUACUGGAUGAUAUGACUGUCAAGCAUCAACUUAGUCUUGAUGAUUCAACAUAUUCACUUUUGAUUCAUGGUCUUUGUAGAGUGGACAGAUGUGAUUGGGCUUUCCAAUUAUUCGAGGAGAUGAUUUGUAAGGAGCUGGUACCAAGGCAUCAAACAUUUCGUCGGCUUCUAGAUGAAGUUAGACAAAAGAACAUGUAUGAUGCUGCUGAAAGAGUUGAGCUUCAUUUUGAUAAAUUCAAAGCUUCUUUUAGGCAGAGUUUUCCAGCAGGUUCUAGAGGAAGCAAUGUAUCUAUUUAAAAAUAACAGCUGCCAGGAGUCCCUGGACACUGAUGCCCACCAUGUAGUACAAGGCUGUAAUAGCCCUUUGUCAGUCUUGGUGAUGGAGAUGAUACAAUCGAUGCCAACAAUCCCUUAUAAGAUUCCCCUGUGUAUUGCUAACUACAUUAAGAGCCACGUAGUAGAUUGCAUCACUGUAUGUGCCUGGUGCCUUAUGUCACUGAUUUCUGAUGUCUGACCUGAGCUUCACUUCCUCAAAUUUAUGUAUGUUUCUAGUAGUAAUCCUUCCAUGAAUAUUUAUACAAAGUACCAACUAUAGAAUUUAGGAAUAAGUCUGUUUUUAUUCACAGGAAAAUGUUGUCAAAGCUUUAUAUUGUUAUGUUUUGGACUUCCAGAACUCCAACUCCCUAUUGAUGAAAUGAGCGCAAACGUGCAGAGCUGAUGCAGUAGAAUGGAAUGUAGAAGUUGCUUAUAAUCUCUACUUCCGAAACAAUACAUGUUGUCUGAAAGAAAUAAAGGGUUCAGGGAAGCUGAACUGCUUGCUCUUGAGAGACACAGACAAUCUUCUUUGUUAUUUGUGUAUCCUAAUUUUUUUGUUACAGCUAUUAAAACACGCUAAAUUUAAGAGAGGAGAAUUCGAAUGAUUCCAAUGACAGUGUUAAGCUGACUGCAAGAAUAGUCAUGCAGCAGACAUGCCUUGAAAUUACUGCAAAAGGUAUUCUUGAAAAUUCAUUCUAACUUUUUGAUUUGAAUGCAUGUUGUUUUUAAUGA